AUGCCUCCCAAACGCCGCUCCAACACACCGCGCACGACACAGCGUCAACAGGGAACACUCUCCUUCCACGGCAAGAGUAAAGUCACAAAACCGACCUCUCCUCGCGGCGCAAAGUCAAAGAAAGAUCCCGAGCAGUACGAGCAACUACUGGAGAAAGAUAUCAAGCCCGAGGUCGAAGAACCCACCACCGCAGAGAAAGCAAUCACAGAACAAGUCAAAGCUGAAGUCGCAACACUCGAAGAUCCUCUCGAUACCACAAUCAGCAAGACCGAAGAUGAGUCUGAAGCGAGGAAGGUUUCUGCGACGCAGAUCAACAAAUACUGGCGAGCAAAGGAGGCGGAGCGAAAGGCGCCGCGGGUACAUCAGCAGGACUUGAGCACGCAUGAGAAGAUUCUGAGGGAGUGGGAUAUGAGUGGGAACUAUGGGCCCUGCAUCGGAAUAGCACGCCUGAAGCGCUGGAAGAGAGCCAACAUGCUUGGUCUGAACCCCCCGAUCGAAGUCCUCGCUGUUCUGCUGAAGGAGCUUGAUGGUGGGGAAGUCAAGUCGCAGAGAGCGCAUGUGGAUGAGUUGAUGAGCUCUCGCUUUAUCGAAACAUGA